AGAGCGGAGAGGGCUGCUGCAGCAGCAGCAGAAGAAGAAGAUGGAUCGCAGCUAACGGGGCGAAGCAGUUUUGUUACGAACUAUCAAAGUAACCUUGUUGAGCAGGUUUAGAUAUUUAAACUUUUUACAUUUAUCUACGGAUUCUAGUUUGUUCGAGGUGUUAGAAAAUGAUCCUCACCGUGAAACCGCUUCAAGGGAAGGAGUGCAGUGUUCAGGUCACUGAAGACGAGAAAGUCUCCACGGUGAAGGAACUCGUGUCUGAGCGACUGAAUAUUCCUGCAAACCAGCAGCGGUUGCUCUACAAAGGGAAAGCUCUUGCAGACGAGCACAGACUGAGCGAUUACGCCAUUGGACCAGAGGCUAAAUUGAAUCUGGUUAUCCGUCCUGUGGGGGAGAGGGCUGCAGCCCCAGGGAUGGCGGGCAGCAGCAGCAACCCUCAAGGAGGAGUGUGGCAGAUUGUAUCGACUAUACUUGCCAGACACUUCUGUCCAGCAGACGCAGCAAAAGUCCACGAGCAGCUUAUAAAGGAUUACGAGCGUUCACUUCGACAGCUCAGCCUUGACGACAUUGAGCGCUUGGCAGGAAGACUGCUUCACCCAGAAGGCGAGGGCAUGGACACCUCGUACAUGGACUAAUCGUUCAGAACUUGAUUCUUCUGACUGGUUUCAUUUUGAGUUACACUCAGUGCUUGAAGGAUGUAGACAGUGUUUAAAGGGGGAGGCUGGGGAAGGGAAAUAUCAGUUGUAUUUCAGAGAUUCCUUGUUCUGUGUGUGUUUGUGAUCUCUAGCUGAAUGAUCACAUGGAGACCAUGGAAAACUUAUUAUCUCUGCAUUUUAGCCACCCUCAUAGAAAGGACUUUGAUGAGGAAAUAUGGCCUCUGCUCUGUGGCCUUCAUCCUCGCUGGGUUUAAUAACUCGCAGCCUGACCACACAGUAUCUGAAUACAAAGGAAUAAUUUAUGCUGUUAUUUUCACACGAUUUCUGGCUGCUAUGUUUCUUAGGGGGUACUAAAUUCUGGAGGAUAUUUAUUGUUGUCUGUGUUGAGUGCUAACUUUUAUUUUUCCCAAGACGUGUGGGCAACAUGCACGUCUUAUCCCGUAAUACAAUGGUGACCAAUGUAUGAUUUGUAAAUAUGUUUGUUUAUAUAUAUGUUUGCAGACAUUAAAACAGAAAAAAAAAAUUACUUCUUCCAUC